AUGGGUCACGGACAUCACGAACCAUUUGAAGUGCCACAUUACACCAAAUUUAGCAAUUGGGACCACAUCCCGCAGGUAGUUGAUCAUGCCAAGAAGUUGGAGAGAUUGGGCUUGAAAGACCCUUGGAUUAGGUGAGUCCAAUCGAUUUGUUGCAAAGUGUAGAUAGUAUCUUUUAAAGUAUAUUUGUAUUGUUUUAAUAAUGUGUAUUUUGUUAUGUUUCAGAAAUUUUGCUCAUAGAUACGAUCCAAAGAUUGGAAUUCAUCAAACUAACUGGACCGUCCUUAAAUCUGUGAGUUUUUCUUUAAUUUUUUUGUCAAUUUAGGAUGUUGAUGUGGUUUAAAUUGAAUAAUAGUAUCUAUUAUUUGUGAUCAUCGAGAAGAAAAUCAGUCAAGCAAUUGAUUUUUAUAUAGUUUUUUAUCAAUAUUAUCAUGAAGACAUCUAUAAAUUACAUUUUUUAAUUUUUCUUUGUUUUUUAAUUUAUUUUUUAAGCUUUCACUUUGUAUUAACUUUAUUUAAUCUUUAUCUUCAUUUGUUUCAGUUCAUCUUCGUUGGAAUGAAGCCAGGUUUAGCGAUUGCUGCGGGUGUUAUUGCUAUUGAAGAAGCCUAUUCGUACUUCAAGAAGGGACACACCAGCUGGGGACAUUAG